CAGAUGUGCGAGAGUGAUCGAAACGCGCUAAGAUAGAGGAUCUUGCAGGAGUUUAAGCGCCGUCGCGGUGGAGAUGAGAUCUCUAGAGGAGAGGAAGGAAGGAAGGAAGGAAAUGGAUGCUAUCUGUCCGAGGGCGCUCCCGCUGCCUCCUCUCCCGCCCGCCCAUCUCCGACGGUACCUUCCGCCGCCCCGCUCCGCGCUCCCGCCGCCCGCGGCCGCCGGGCCACACACGCCACCGCCACCGGUGCGACGGCCCCGGCGAGGCCCGCGGCAGCAGAGCCAGCCGCCGCGCGUUCCCGCCGAGGAGACCCUGACCCCUUGCUCCGCACCGCUCCGCACCCCUCCGCGCCGCACAGCGGGGUGCGCGCAGCCUGCCCGCUCUACGGCGGAUGGACAGAUCGCCCGGAUCGUUUUUAUUUUUAGAGGAAUGCCCCUUGUUGUUGAUUUUUUUUUUACUCCCCCCUAGAUUUCUGUAGGUUGCUAUGUGGCAUGUUGUUUCCAUUUCUUGACUUUUUGAAAUAACUAUUUGGAUUUAAAUUUAUCGAACAACCUGUUAUCCAUAUGUCUGCCCGAUUAAUUUUUUAUGGGAUGAUGAAAGA